GAAUUUUUUUUAAAAAUAGGAACCUUUAAACAGUCCCUCGAUUUUUCCUUCUAUAAAAGAAUAUCAUAAUUCAAGACAGAAUCACCACUAAAAUUUCCUUUAACAUAGCAAAUUAGCAAACAAUUAUAACCGAAGUUGUGAUAUGGCACAAGUGAAGUUGCUAGGUUUUUGGUAUAGCCCAUUUACUCACAGGGUUGAGUGGGCUCUAAAGAUUAAGGGCAUCAAAUAUGAAUAUAUUGAAGAAGAUCGAGAUAACAAGAGUCCUUUACUUCUUCAAUCCAAUCCAAUUUACAAAAAAGUGCCUGUACUAAUUCAUAAUGGCAAGCCCAUUUGUGAUUCAAUGGUCAUUCUUGAAUAUAUUGAUGAGAUAUUUGAAGGCCCUUCCAUCUUGCCUGAAGACCCUUAUGACCGUGCUUUAUCUCGUUUUUGGGCUAAGUUCCUUGACGAUAAGGUGUCAGUGGUGGUAAAUGCAUUCUUACGCAAAGGUGAGGAGCAUGAGAAAGCUAAAGAGGAAGUUUGUGAGAUGUUGAAAAUUCUUGAUAAUGAGCUCAAGGAUAAGAAGUUCUUUGUGGCUGACAAAUUUGGAUUUGCUGAUAUUGUUGCAAAUUUGAUAGGACUUUGGCUAGGAGUUUUCCAAGAAGCCUCUGGAGUUGUAUUAGUAACAAGUGAAAAAUUUCCAAAUUUUUGUGCUUGGAGAGAUGAGUAUAUUAAUUGCAGUCAAGUCAAGGAAUAUCUACCUCUAAGAAAUGAUGACUUGCUUGCUUUUUACCAAGCUCGCACUCGUGCUCAAGCUGCAACUUCUGCUUCUACUAAAAAAUAAACACAUCUUGAUUCAUUGUUUGAAGUUUCGAAUUAUGUAUCUAAAUAAAAUUGUGAAUCU